CAGCGGCACCACUCUUCCCUGACCUUUGGACACAACGGAGCUGUGUCUUCUGACAGUCGCAAAGUAAACAUGGACAUUCACAGAGUUUCGAACCAAAACCAAAUGGAUUAUAACUUCGACAACACGGAGCCCAAGCACGGCAAAAUGCUGCCGUGCCAGGAGGACCGUUUUGACAGCGGCCUGGAUUCCCUGAAGGAGGACGAGCUGGUGAGCGACUUUGAGGGGAUGUCUGUACACACAAGCGAGGAGAUCCAACAGGAAUAUGAGCCGUGGAGAACUGCAGUGACCGAGGAUGGUGACACGCUUCUUCACUUGGCCAUCAUUCAUGAAUCCACAGAACAUGCGCAUCAGAUUAUCAAACUGUCUCACAAUCACCCCUUCCUCAACACACAGAACCACCAGAGACAGACUGCUCUCCACCUGGCAGUGAUCACCGAGCAGCCUCAGUUAGUGGAGCGGCUCCUGAAGGCCGGAUGUGACCCGUGUGUGGCCGACGACAGCGGCAACACCGCGCUGCACAUCGCCUGCAAGAGAGGCUCUCUCGCCUGCUUCGGGGUCAUCACACAGAACUGCCAACGCCAAAUCGCCUCCAUGGUUUCCUUUCCCAACUACAAUGGACAUAACUGUCUCCACAUGGCGUCCAUUAACGGCUACAUUUCAUUGGUUGAAAGCCUUGUUCAGCUGGGAGCAGAUAUUAACGCACAGGAACAAUGCAGUGGUCGUACGUCGCUUCACUUGGCGGUGGAUCUCCAGAACCCCGCUCUGGUCCGCCGCCUCCUUGAACUCGGCGCCGAUGUUAACUGCUUAAACUACGGAGGUUUCACACCCUACCACCUCACAUAUGGGCGCCACAACGAAGAGAUCCGCAGCCAGCUUUACGAGAAAACGGCGCAAUACCUGAGGGAACUGCCCGAAAGCGAAUCAGAAGUGAGCGAUAUGGAGGAUCUGGACACAUCGGAAGAUGAGUUGUACGAUGACAUAAAGUUCGGAAAGUAAACUUCCCGUCCGAUCAGUGGUGAGAACCACAAGUGAAGCUGCUACUGGGUCGCCCAGCCACGCCCCCCCCCCCCCGGACGAGGGACAAAUCAGCCCCCCGUCCAGGCCCAUGUCCAAAAAGCCUGGUCCCGGGAUCAAAAGAACAUGGAUGGAGACGUCGAACGAUUGGUCCGGAUCGCAGAACGAUCUGCGCCCCAAACACAGCGCGACCACGUCCUCCAUAUUCUUCUUACUGUAUAAAUAUAUACCAAUGUGUAUAUUCCAGACAAGACGUGUGUAAUAUAUUGUAAAUACAGAGAUAUUAUUUUUGUACCUGUACAUAAUGUUGUGUGAAUUUAAACACUAUUUACAAGAAAAUGUUCCGAAUAAAAAAGAAUGUUAUGAAUAUAAACA